AUGGUAUGUGUUGUAUUAGGUGUUAAUCCCCCUUUAGCUGUGUUUGAAGGAUUUAUUAAACAUAUAUGGGGCAAUUUGGGAAUAGAGAGAAUUGCUCAUAUGAAUGCGGGUCAUACUCUAGUCAAAUUUCGGGAUAAAGCAACUCGAGACAUGGUUUUGGAAUCAGGAGUGGUUCACUUUGACAGAAAACCUAUUUUACUGAGGCCUUGGUCGACAGAUCUUGAUAAGAUGAGGUUAGUGAAAUCAUUUCCGGUCUGGAUAAGACUGCUAGACUUGGGUCUUCAAUAUUGGGGUCUUAAAAGCCUGAGUGCUCUUGUUAGCACUAUAGGUAAGCCUAUGAUGAUGGAUAAGGUUACUAAGGAUAAGUCAAUGGUGAAAUUUGCUAGAGUUCUUGUGGAUGUAGAGAUAUCAGAUCAUAUCCCUCAAUGUAUCAAUUUUAUCAAUGAACGAGGUCAAUUGAUGGAACAGGCUAUAGAAUUUGAAUGGCUUCCUACUCGUUUCUCGUGUUGUAAGAGUUUAGGCCAUACUGCAGCUAGUUGUAAACAUGCUCAGGAGGCAGUCUGGAGGCCAAAGCAGAAGGUAUCUGGAUCUGAUAAUGGGGAACUCGGGGGAUCUACUGAAAUGUGUGAGCCAGGUGAUGAGGCUGGGUCUAAGGAAAUUCAUCAACCAGUAGCUGGAAAGGAUGCUCAGAAGGCUGGUAAGGGUGAGCAGAUGGAAGUUAUGGGAGAUCUGAAGGCUAGAAAGACAACACAGACAGUAACAAUUAAGGAAGCAAGUAGUUCUAUGACAGGGCAGGAGAUGAAAUGGUCUACCCCUAAAAAAGUGGGAGGUUCAAGGCAAAAUGUAUUAACUGCUAUGACAUUGAGAGCUAACAAAUACAGUAUUUUGCAGGAGAAUCAGAUAGAGGUUUCUCAGAAGUGUAUACAAGAGGUGCUUGUCUUGAAAGGUAAUAAGGUUGAGGAGAUGAUGAGAAAUGUUUUCUUGGGUUGGAAUUGGUAUAGUUGUCUGUCUCUGGAAGGAAGAAUUUUGUUAGUUUGGGAAGAAGAUAUAGUUUCUGUUACUGUUACUCAGUUGGUUGUUGGGGACUUCAAUGCAGUCUUUGAAUUUGAUGAUCCUAUUGCGGGUAGACCAGUAACUGAAAUGGAAGUGGAAGAUAGUCGUCUUUGGAGGGCUAAUGCUAUGUUGACUUUAUUACGUUCGAGUGGCUCUAACUUUACCUGGUCUAACAAGCAAAAGGAAGGAUCAAGAGUAUUCUCUAAAUUGAACAGAAUUUUCAUAAAUGAAUUGUGGAUUGAUGCCUUUCCUGAGUCAGAAGCUCGUAUAAACUGGGAUAUAAUUUCUGAUCACUGUUAUUGUAUCAUCAAAAUAGUUCAUCUUCAGGUGUCAGGGAUCAGACCUUUCAGAUAUUUUAAUAUGUGGGCUAAUCACAAGGAUUUUUGGAGUAAAGUCCUUGGUAACUGGUCAAAACCGACUGGUGGUAAUGGAUUGCAGCAGAUUAUACAGAAGUUAAGGAGGCUCAAAUCUGUGUUGUAUCAGUUUAAUAAGAUGCAAGUAGGAGAUGUAGUCCAGCAACAUGCUGCUGCUAAACAGAAGUAUGAGCAGGCCCAGUUCUUGUUGCAGUAG